AUGGAAUUGGUCCCUGCAAUGCCCGCGGCGGCGCCUCAGCAGGCGCCCCUGACCCUCAGCCAGAUUGACCCUGAAGUUCUAGCGGCCCUGCCGGCCGACGUGGCCCAGGAGGUGCUGCGCGCGCUGCCGCCCGCCGGCGGCGCCGCGCUGCAGUCGAAGGCUGUGGCCGCGGCGAGCCGGCAGCAGCAGCAGCAGAAGCCGGCGGGCGGGGCCGCGGCGGGGCUGGGGCAGGGCGGCGGCGGCGAGGCGCGGGGGCGCGGCGGGCUGCCGUGGCUGUUCGGGCGCGCGGCGGCGCGGGCGGCGGCGGCGCGGGGGCCGUUUGAGGCGGAGCCGUUUGAUGAGGUAUGCGCCGCCGCGCGGGCCGCCGCGGACGCGCUCCUGGCAGAGUGCUGCGCGCGCUCUGCUCAGAGCCAGGACCGCGGCGGCGGUGAGGAUGAGCGCGGCCGAUCAGAUGGGCAGGAGGGGGGCGGCAGCCAAGAGGGGGCCUUGGAAGAUGCUCUGGGGCGACAUGAGCCAAGGCGCAUCGGCGGCGGCGGCGGCGGCGGGGACAGCGGCGGGGUCGGGGACCGGGCCGGCGGCGGGGAAGCUGGCGAGAAGCUGGACGUGCUGUUUGAGUGGCUGGCGCAGUGGUUGUGCGGUCUGGACGCGGACCUGGUGGCGGUGGCCAAAGGGCUGCGGUUCCUGGCCGGACUGCCGGACUGGAUGGAGCGGCAGCAGCAGGAUCAGCGCCAGCAGCACCAGCAGCAGCAGCAGCAGCAGCAGCAGCAGCAGCAGCAGCAGCAGCAGCAGCUGCAGGAGAUUGCGAGCGAGUGCGCCGCCGAGGAGCGGCGGGCGCCCGCGGCCGCGGCGCUGCUGCGGCGCGCCGAGGAGCGGUGCGCGGCCGCCGCGGCCGCGGUGCGGCGGCACGUGGAGUUGAAGCUUGGGGUGGUGCUGCGGUGA